CUGACUCUUUCUGUACGCUUAAACAGCAGCGCGCGUGACUCAAGCGAUGUCGACUCUAUCAUGUGUGCUAUAGUGAGAACCUUUACAUUGACAGACAAGUGGACAGCCGAGUGGAAACGCCGCGCCGUCGGCUCGCUUGAUUUUACUCAGGCGCGCAGGAGACACUCGUCAUCCGGGCUCCUCCGCCCAGUGCGGCGUGUGACAGCCAGUUAGCACUAGCAGCAAGAUGGCGGCGAGCGGCAGGGCGCAGGUGCUCUGCCUGUACAGGUCGCUGCUGAAGGAGAGCCGGAGGUUUCCGUCCUACAACUACAGGACUUACGCAGUGCGGCGUGUGCGUGACUCCUUCAGGGCCAAUAAGAAAGUUGAGGAUCCAAAAGCCGUGGAGAAGCUGAUGAUGGAGGGAAGAGAGAGUCUGAUGAUGAUCCAGAGACAGGUGGCCGUCGGAUCCAUGUACCAGGCGCAGAAGAUAGUGGUGGAAUCUUGACAGGAAGUGACAUCACUCUGGCCAGAAGAGGAAGCUGACCCACUUUAUUUAUUCUUGUUGCCUCACCAUUAAAACUGUCUUCGCACUUG